UAAUAUGUACACUAAUGUGCUAUGUGCCAUUUCGAGCACUAGCAAAUUUUUGUAGCUCGUGUGAAUUUAGUUCUUAUUGGAGUUGUUUUAGAGAACACGGUGUAAUCUUUGGAACGGUGACUUUGAUAACAUUUGAGUGUCGCCAACAAGUGCGAAUCUAAUUGGAAGCGAACAACCUACUGGAACAAAAACAAAAAACAAGUACAUCAGCAAGUACAGUGGAUAAAAAACUAGCAUUUAUUUGUUCAGUUUGAUUUAGUAAAUACUGAAUGAUUCGCUUGAUUUAAUAGCGCAGUACACACCUUGUUAUCAUUAAGUACCUGGCGAUGUUCUAUUAGAGGGAAUUUAUAUAAUUUAACUGAGUUUAGUUAAACGAAUACAAACAAAAUAAAAAUGACGUCGCCGAAAGAUGUCCGAAAGCGCAAAUUAAACACUAACGAUGAACAGGGCGGUGACGCUGCGCCCAAUCGGCGCAAGUCUUCAAGUCCAAGCAGUGCAUCAAAAGGAUUGCCAAGAGGUCUGAAGCUUUCGUUUCUGUGUUUGGUUUUAUCGGCAACAUUACUGCUGGUAUUUUUCGGCGUUUAUAUGGAUUCCACCAGCCCUUUUCUAGUGCGUUUGGCAUCGAAACUAGGUUACACUCGGAAUCAAUUUGCGGUCAUCAUCGACGCUGGCUCGACUGGUAGCCGAGUUCUAGCGUACAAGUUCGAUAGAAGUUUUAUUGACAACAAAUUGGUAUUAUCGGAGGAGCUUUUCAAAGAACGAAAACCUGGUCUAUCUUCUUUUGCUGAGAAUCCAACAAAAGGUGCACAUUCCAUCAAAUUGCUACUGGAUGACGCUAAAGCGUUUAUUCCCAAAGAGAAGUGGGCAUCGACGCCGCUUGUACUGAAGGCUACCGCUGGCCUGCGUCUGUUGCCACAAAACAAAGCUGAAAACCUUUUAAAUGCGGUGCGUGAAGUAUUCGCAAAGUCAGAGUUUAGCAUUGAGCCAGACGCAGUUGAAAUUAUGGACGGCACUGAUGAAGGCAUUUUCUCAUGGUUUACAGUGAACUUUUUGCUUGGUCGUCUGUCUAAAACCAAUCAAGCUGCCGCUCUAGACUUAGGAGGUGGCAGCACACAAGUCACUUUUGCACCUACCGAUCCAGAUCAGCUGCCGCUGUACGAAAAAUAUAUGCACGAGGUCAACACGUUGAACCGAAAAAUCGAUGUUUUCACACACAGCUACUUAGGGCUGGGUUUAAUGGCAGCACGUCACUCUGUGUUUACAAAAGGAUACAAUAAGGAUGUGAAUAAUGUGGAAUCAGUAUGUGUCAACCCAAUAAUCAAUAAUAGAACGUGGACAUACUCAAAUGUAGAAUAUAAAAUUAGCGGCAAGCCAAAUACGAAAUCUACAGCAGAGGAGCCUGUUGUAGACUUUGAACAGUGCUUGGAAGCAGUUAAAACUCAAGUUUUGCCACUGGUGAAACCAAAGCCAUUUACGCUGAAACAGCACACAGUCGCUGCUUUCAGUUAUUACUUCGAACGCGCUAUCGAAUCUGGGCUUAUUGAUCCCUUCCGGGGCGGUGAAAUCACUGUGUCGGCGUUUCGCAAAAAAGCGGAGGAGGUGUGUAGCAUUGCGAAUGAUGAACAACCCUUCAUGUGCUUCGAUCUAACGUAUAUUUCGGUGCUGCUGCACGAAGGAUUUGGAUUGGGUGACGGUAAAAAGAUAAAGCUUUACAAAAAAAUCGAUGGCCACGAAAUUUCAUGGGCGCUGGGAUGUGCUUACAAUGUAUUGACUAGCGAUGAUAAAUAUAAUUCCUAAAACAAUAAAAAAAUAACACAACGCUAACACAUUCAACAAAGAAUACAAAUUUGUAUCCAGUUAUAUAAUUGUAGCAUAAAUUUAAGUGCUUUGUAGUUUGUAGAAAUAAUAAAACCCCAUAGUGUUGGUGCUUGGUACGGCUAUAAAGCAGACAGAUCCAUAAACUAGAGGCUACAUUUUCAACGACUAAGCGCUAACAACAAUGUUUUAACUAAAUGCCUUAGUGCCUUAGCAAACUAAAAAAAUCAAUAUUAAUUAACUCCAGAAUACGGAGUUUUUAUCAGUUGGUGUGCUAAUAGUGUGUUUUAUAAAUUUGUACCAAAUUUCACUAGUAUUCUAUCAGAAUAUAAUGCCUGCAUGUUAAAAUUAAAUCAGAUAAGAUAUUUUAUGUAGUUCGCUUAUGCGGUUACGUUUCGAGUUUUAAAUUAUUUCGAUUUUGUAUAUAGUUAAAGUUUAAACCGUGAUUUGUGGUAAGCAAAUCUCAGAUGUAUGUAUAUUCUAUCUUUGCUCUGUAUUUUAUUAGAAUAAAUAAAUAAAGUUACAUAAGUAAAAUAA